GCAGGGCCGGGCCGGGCCGGGCGCGCAGCAGGGGCGGCGGCAGCGGCAGCGGCAGCGGCGGCGGCGGCAUCGUCGCCCCGGAGCGGGCGCAGGGUUCGCCACCCUCAGAGUGUGGACUGACGGCAGCCAAGGGGACAGAGCUGAACUUGGUCACACAGUCCCCAGAGCCAGCAAGACAUGGGCCCCAUUGUACAACUCCUGACACCCCUGAUGUGACCAGAAGACGUGGAGGGGAGCUUUCCUGACCAUGUAGAUGCCAGCCCCAGGGAGCAGCAUGGGCCCCAAUGAAUGGAGACUCCUGGGUCAACAGCCCUGAGCCUCUCCGGCCCCUGGACCUCACCCCACUCCUGGGGACACUCCUCGGAGCUUGCCAGUGCUGUUGCCAGCCCGCCUCAGCCAUCACCACCUCCUGGGACUCGGAGUCGGCCGCCUGGAGCUACCACCCUCUCGUGAGGGUGUGCUGAGGACAGCCACACACAGCCAUCACCUAGAAGACCCUUUUCCAGUGCUGACCCUCGGGCCCAGCCUGAGCAGAGACUUCAGCAAACAUGGGUGAUAUGACCAACAGCGACUUUUACUCCAAAAACCAAAGAAAUGAGUCGAGCCAUGGAGGCGAGUUCGGGUGCACCAUGGAAGAGCUGCGCUCCCUCAUGGAGCUGCGGGGAACUGAGGCCGUGGUCAAGAUCAAGGAGACAUAUGGGGACACUGAAGCCAUCUGCCGGCGCCUCAAAACCUCGCCUGUUGAAGGUUUGCCAGGCACCGCUCCAGACCUGGAAAAGAGGAAACAGAUUUUUGGGCAAAACUUCAUACCUCCAAAGAAGCCAAAAACCUUCCUGCAGCUGGUAUGGGAAGCACUGCAGGACGUGACGCUCAUCAUCCUGGAGAUCGCAGCCAUCAUCUCCCUGGGACUGUCCUUCUACCACCCGCCGGGAGAGAGCAAUGAAGGAUGUGCCACAGCCCAGGGUGGGGCAGAGGAUGAAGGUGAGGCAGAAGCAGGCUGGAUUGAGGGGGCUGCCAUCCUGCUGUCGGUCAUCUGCGUGGUCCUGGUCACAGCCUUCAAUGACUGGAGUAAGGAGAAACAGUUCCGGGGCCUGCAGAGCCGCAUCGAACAGGAGCAGAAGUUCACCGUAGUCCGGGCUGGCCAAGUGGUCCAGAUCCCUGUGGCCGAGAUCGUGGUCGGGGAUAUUGCCCAAAUCAAGUAUGGUGACCUCCUUCCUGCGGAUGGCCUCUUCAUCCAGGGCAAUGACCUCAAGAUCGACGAAAGCUCGCUCACGGGGGAGUCUGACCAGGUGCGCAAGUCUGUGGAUAAGGACCCCAUGCUGCUGUCAGGAACCCAUGUGAUGGAGGGCUCAGGACGGAUGGUAGUGACUGCUGUGGGUGUGAACUCUCAGACUGGCAUCAUAUUUACCCUGCUGGGGGCUGGAGGUGAAGAGGAAGAGAAGAAAGACAAAAAAGGUGUGAAGAAGGGGGAUGGCCUUCAGCUACCAGCAGCCGACGGCGCAGCACCUGCAAACGCUGCAGGUGGCACAAAUGCCAGCCUAGUCAAUGGUAAAAUGCAGGAUGGCAGUGCCGACAGCAGCCAGAGCAAAGCCAAGCAGCAGGACGGGGCAGCUGCUAUGGAGAUGCAGCCCCUGAAGAGUGCCGAGGGCGGCGAUGCGGAUGACAAGAAGAAAGCCAACAUGCACAAGAAGGAGAAGUCGGUGCUUCAGGGCAAGCUCACCAAGCUGGCUGUGCAGAUCGGCAAGGCGGGCCUGGUGAUGUCAGCCAUCACAGUAAUCAUCCUGGUGCUCUACUUCACCGUGGACACCUUCGUGGUCAACAAGAAGCCAUGGCUGACAGAGUGCACACCUGUCUACGUCCAGUACUUCGUCAAGUUCUUCAUCAUCGGGGUGACGGUGCUGGUGGUCGCCGUGCCCGAGGGCCUCCCUCUGGCUGUCACCAUCUCGCUGGCCUAUUCCGUGAAGAAAAUGAUGAAGGACAACAACUUGGUCCGCCACCUGGAUGCCUGUGAGACCAUGGGCAACGCCACAGCCAUCUGCUCAGACAAGACGGGCACGCUGACCACCAACCGCAUGACCGUGGUACAGGCCUACGUCGGCGAUGUCCACUACAAGGAGAUCCCUGAUCCCAGCUCCAUCAAUGCCAAAACCAUGGAGCUGCUGGUCAACGCCAUCGCCAUCAAUAGCGCCUACACCACCAAGAUCCUGCCCCCGGAAAAGGAGGGUGCCCUGCCCCGGCAGGUGGGCAACAAGACUGAGUGCGGCCUCCUGGGCUUCGUGCUGGACUUGAAGCAGGACUACGAGCCAGUGCGCAGCCAGAUGCCGGAAGAGAAGCUGUAUAAGGUGUACACCUUCAACUCCGUGCGCAAGUCCAUGAGCACUGUCAUCAAGAUGCCUGAUGAGAGCUUCCGCAUGUACAGCAAGGGUGCCUCCGAGAUCGUGCUCAAAAAGUGCUGCAAGAUCCUUAGUGGGGCUGGUGAACCCCGUGUCUUCCGGCCCCGGGACAGAGAUGAGAUGGUGAAGAAGGUGAUCGAGCCCAUGGCCUGUGACGGGCUCCGUACCAUCUGUGUGGCCUACCGUGACUUCCCCAGCAGCCCUGAGCCUGACUGGGACAAUGAGAAUGACAUUCUCAAUGAACUCACGUGCAUCUGCGUGGUGGGCAUUGAAGACCCAGUGCGACCUGAGGUCCCAGAAGCCAUCCGCAAGUGCCAGCGGGCCGGUAUCACAGUCCGCAUGGUCACUGGUGACAAUAUCAACACAGCCCGGGCCAUCGCCAUCAAGUGUGGCAUUAUCCACCCUGGGGAGGACUUCCUGUGCCUGGAGGGCAAAGAAUUCAACCGGAGGAUCCGCAAUGAGAAGGGGGAGAUUGAGCAGGAGCGGAUUGACAAGAUCUGGCCAAAGCUGAGGGUGCUGGCUCGAUCCUCGCCCACGGAUAAGCACACACUGGUCAAAGGCAUCAUUGACAGCACACACACUGAGCAGCGGCAGGUGGUGGCUGUGACGGGGGAUGGGACCAACGACGGACCGGCUCUCAAGAAGGCAGAUGUGGGCUUCGCAAUGGGUAUUGCAGGCACAGAUGUGGCAAAGGAGGCCUCAGACAUCAUCCUGACGGACGACAACUUCAGCAGCAUCGUCAAGGCAGUGAUGUGGGGCCGUAAUGUCUAUGAUAGCAUCUCCAAAUUCCUGCAGUUCCAGCUGACUGUCAACGUGGUGGCCGUGAUUGUGGCCUUCACGGGUGCCUGCAUCACACAGGACUCCCCCCUCAAGGCCGUGCAGAUGCUUUGGGUGAACCUCAUCAUGGACACGUUUGCCUCCCUGGCACUGGCCACGGAGCCGCCCACCGAGACGCUGCUCCUGAGGAAACCUUACGGCCGCAACAAGCCGCUCAUCUCCCGGACCAUGAUGAAGAACAUCCUGGGCCACGCCGUUUACCAGCUCACCCUCAUCUUCACCCUGCUCUUUGUGGGUGAGAAGAUGUUCCAGAUUGACAGUGGGAGGAACGCGCCGCUGCACUCGCCACCCUCAGAGCACUACACCAUCAUCUUCAACACCUUCGUCAUGAUGCAGCUUUUCAACGAGAUCAACGCCCGCAAGAUCCACGGCGAGCGCAACGUCUUCGACGGAAUCUUCCGGAACCCUAUCUUCUGCACCAUCGUCCUGGGCACGUUUGCCAUCCAGAUAGUGAUCGUGCAGUUUGGCGGGAAGCCCUUCAGUUGUUCCCCGCUCCAGCUGGACCAGUGGAUGUGGUGCAUCUUCAUCGGCCUGGGAGAGCUGGUCUGGGGCCAGGUCAUUGCCACCAUCCCUACCAGCAGACUGAAGUUUCUGAAGGAGGCGGGGCGGCUCACACAGAAGGAGGAGAUUCCUGAGGAGGAGUUAAAUGAGGACGUGGAGGAAAUAGACCACGCAGAGCGGGAGCUUCGCCGUGGCCAGAUCCUGUGGUUCCGGGGCCUGAAUCGGAUCCAGACACAGAUUGAAGUAGUCAAUACUUUCAAGAGCGGGGCCUCCUUCCAGGGGGCCCUGCGGAGACAGUCCUCCGUCACCAGCCAGAGCCAGGACGUAGCCAGUCUCUCUAGCCCUAGUCGCGUGUCGUUAUCCAAUGCUCUUUCCUCUCCGACCAGCCUUCCUCCUGCUGCAGCUGGGCGUGAAGGGCUAGAGAACACUGGACACAGAGUUCAGCAAGAGAGAGUGAAAUUAAAAGAGAUCCGCGUCGUGAAGGCGUUCCGUAGCUCUCUCUAUGAAGGGUUAGAAAAACCCGAGUCUCGAACCUCCAUCCAUAACUUCAUGGCUCAUCCUGAAUUCCGGAUCGAAGAUUCCCAGCCUCACAUCCCCCUCAUCGAUGACACCGACCUGGAAGAAGAUGCCGCGCUCAAGCAGAACUCGAGCCCGCCGUCCUCGCUCAACAAGAACAACAGCGCCAUCGACAGUGGCAUCAACCUGACGACCGACACGAGCAAAUCAGCUACCUCUUCAAGUCCAGGGAGCCCCAUCCACAGCCUGGAGACGUCGCUUUAGCUGAGGCCCCUGUCGCCUGGCCACCCUCAUGGACCCGCCGCCACCCGCCUCCGGGCGCAUACCCUUCCAGGCACUGACUCCAAGGAGCGCUCGGUGGAACCCACACAGCAGAAAGAGAACGCGUUUCCACCCACAGACCCUUUCUCUGGCUGCCAUGCUGUUUGAACUCUUUUUCACUCCUAGGUCAUGGGCAGGGUUGCCCUGGCGUCAUCUGGAGCAGAGAGUGGCGUGGGUUUGGUUUUGUUUUUGUUUUUCAAAAAAAAAAAAAUAAUUAAUUUAAAAAAAAAAAAAAAAAAGAGCCCUUCCAGGCUCCAGCCCAGACACGGACCAGCCAUGCACCCGCCGGCCACUGCGUCCCCAGCAUGAAUGUACCUGGACACUUUCAGUCCCCUCUCUCAUUUGAUUCCUGGAGGGUUGGGGAGGGGAGAUUUUUGUUUGUUUUCUUAGGCGGGAACUGCAAACAGGAACUGCAAACAGACUGCUGUUCAUUCAGGUCACUGGUCUAUGAGGUUUCAAAUGCUUGCCCAGCAUGGUCUCAGAUGUCUAGAUUAAUUUAAUAACUUUUUGAAAUCACAGAGUAGGUUUGCACCAAUGGAACCCAAGAACUCCACAGACACUCAUGAGGUUAUAUCCGUUUCUUUGUAUCUAUAUCAACGUAUACUUCUUGGAGACUGUAUACGUGUAUAUAGAUAGGUAGAUAUUAUAUAUAUACAUAUAUAUACAUGGAUAUAUAAAGUUCCUUUGCCGGCAUGUUGCCUUGUUUCUGCUUAAAUUGCUCUAUUUUAACUUAUGUCCUAAAAGAAGAAUGUAAUUUGUUUACAAACCUGUAGAUAAUGUCUUUGGAUAUUUGUGUGGUUUAAGGACACUGGUGGCUAAGAUGCUUAUGAACAGCUCGGCCCAACAGACACAUCCCCUGGAUUGCAUCCUUGAAGUUUUACAAUAGCCAUGCUCUGAUUUCUGCCUGCUUUUUCUGUUUCAAUGACGUCACUACUGUGGGAAGCUCAGGCAGAAGGCCAACGGCUCCCGGGGGUCCAUCCUGAGGAGCUAAGCAACGCGCUCCACCGUAGACAAGGGAGAAGAGGAGAGAAGGCUUCCCGGGUCCGCAACGCGACCGACCGUCCAGGUCCCAUGACGCCAGCGUCUGUAGCGCACCGGUAGAAGGCUUUUCUCUCAAUGAAACUCGCUUGAGUUUACAGAGAGCAUUUCAGAACCGAGUUGUCUUUGGCACUGUCUGUGACUCGAGGUAGUGUUCGGAUAUGACAAAUGCUAUUGUGUUGAUUUUUUUUUAGUUAGUAAUUUAGAUGUUUCUUUCCUUAUACAUGGCAGCAUAGGCACUGCCGACAUAUUGGAUGAGGGUCGGUAUGGCUUGCUGCCUUUGUUUUUUCUUUUUGAAGAAGAAUAGCCUUUUUUCUCUGCACUAUUUAGAUCCGAAUGAACCUUAUGAUGUGUACAUUGAGAUGUAUUCAGUGUGAUUUUUAAACCAAAUUGUCUUCCUGUAGUCACAAUAUAUACUGUAGCCUUUUAACAGCAAGUCCUGCUUCCCCAGACAGAAAGCCAUUCUGAGAUCUUCCCAUAUCACAGGUGAGAAAAGGUGGCUAUUCCCUCCCACAACAAUAACAGCACUAGUAGUCCCACUUAAUAAGAGCUUGUCUGUCGGCCUCUUAACUGCUAAGCACUUUGUGGGUCUCAGCUUUUUUUCAUAAAAGAACUUUUGUAUUUAAUACAAAGUUUGCUUUGAGACUUUUCAGCAUACAAUCUUUUUCCAUAAACUUGUACAGUGCAAAAGACAUUUUGAAUACCAUGAUCGAUGAUGUCCCGUGCUUCGAGGAGAACCAAACACUUUCCGCCUCACUUGUGAACGCCAUCCUUCGCUCCCCCCCCCCCUUCCCACAAUUGCUCCUCGCUCCUCAGCCUGGCCCCCAGCCCUCCUCCAGGCCCAGAGACCUCUUCACUAAACAAGAUGACAGCCACUUGGGAAAAGAGCCAUAGUCAGCUGGGAGGGCCCACGUCUGGAUGGCUGUGGAAAAACUUGAGUUUUGGUUUGGGGUUCCAACUCCGCCCAUCCCACCUGGCCUCAAUCUUUCUGUAAGGAAGAGUAUCUCGAAGGAACCUGAAUGUAUCCAGGAGAGAGAGCUGCCUCUCUGGCUGUGGUGGACCAGCCCUAGAUGUGCUGACAGACACCAUCAGAGCCAGCCCACAGCACCCCUCCAAGGAGGGAAAGGAAACCUGGGGCAGCCUUGGAACAGGAUAGGUUUUUGGUUUGGAGUUUGUUGUUGUUGUUGUUGUUGUUGCUGUUUGGUUGGUUUGGGGUUUUUUUGGGGGGGAUUCCUUUGUCACAUUUUUCAUCCUGCCCUCCAUUCAGUCAUGCAUCUAUGAUCUCAUUCCAUGCCACCAGGGUUGUGCUUACAAAACCAGGGUCCUUGGGCUUUGGAACCAGGCCUCAAGGGCAAACAGGAAGAGGUUCUCAGAACCAGUUUCUUGGGCAGGGAGCAGAGGAGACUAGCAAGGAGGCCAGACAUUAGCAUUGGCUUCCCGGUGUCAGGAAUGAGGGACAGUCCUAUGCCCCAACCCCUUACCCUCACACAUUCAUACUCAUCAACACACACAUGCACACACACACACACACACACACACACACACACACACACACACACACACACGCACACACCUACACAGGAGAUGGUUGGUUUGUCAGAACUCACUGUAGUACACAAAGCUUGCACUUCCGCGUCCUAUAUCUAGCAGCAUGGGGUACGUUUGGCAGUUCACCCCACUAGGGGGUCAAUAAUUUAUGACCAUUCAUCUGUUUUUAUGAAUUUUUUUAUCUAGACAAUAAUUGUAAAUAAAGAAUUCACCGUCUCUGCUCAUUUACUACUAUGCAAUGGUUAUGCUUUCCAUGGCUGACUCUUCUGACUUACACAGGUGUUUCUGGUGUGUCUAUGGUAUUUAAAAGAAGAAAUCAAGCAGAACAUAGGAAA